UUGGGGGCACAAUAAGAGCAUCUGUGAGUGCGAGUGUGAGUGUGACUUUGUUAUAUCCUAUGUUUUAUUUUUCUGAGAAUAACUCUGUUUUCACUUCGAUUGAUCUUCAAAAGGUCAAAACUAGGAAGUUUUCAGUUUGAAUGGCUCGGUUGAUUCUUCCAUGCAAAAGUUCGUGUUUGACAAAGACCAAUCUCUUGGGUUUGAUCUCCUUUGCUCCUCUUCAGGCUAAAGGACGAGCUAGUUGCUUUCCAAAUUCUGUGAAAAAUAUUCCAAAAUACAGGCAAUUUUUUAGUUCAGAGGUCACAUUUCGAAGAAAUCAUCGGUUUGCAUACCCUGUGUUACAUAGGGCUAACCAAGACAGCAGGAGGCUAAUUUGUUCAGUUGCUACAGAACCGUUGCCUAAGCAAGUUGAAGAAUCCAAAAUGGACGCACCAAAAGAAAUCUUUUUGAAGGAUUACAAGUUACCAGAUUACUGCUUUGAUACGGUGGAUUUGAAUUUUUCACUUGGUGAGGAAAAAACAAUUGUUAGUUCAAAAAUAACUGUUUUCCCCAGAGUUGAAGGUUCGUCUGCCCCACUGGUUUUGGAUGGAAGCAAUCUAAAGUUAAUUUCAAUUAAGAUCAAUAGUGAGGAGUUGAAGAACAAAGAUUAUCAUUUGGACUCACGCCACUUGAAAAUCCAAUCACCACCUACUGGUACAUUUUCAUUGGACAUUGUUACUGAGAUAUAUCCUCAGAAGAACACAUCAUUAGAGGGGCUUUACAAGUCUUCAGGGAAUUUCUGCACCCAAUGUGAAGCAGAGGGCUUUCGCAAAAUUACUUUUUAUCAGGACCGCCCUGAUAUAAUGGCAAAAUACACAUGCCGAAUUGAAGCUGAUAAAUCAUUGUACCCAGUAUUGCUGUCCAAUGGAAACCUCAUAGAACAAGGAGACCUUGAGGAUGGCAAGCAUUAUGCUCUUUGGGAGGAUCCCUUCAAGAAGCCCAGCUACUUGUUUGCGUUAGUUGCCGGCCAGUUGGAGAGCAGAGAUGAUACAUUUGUUACUCGGUCUGGUCGAAAUGUGUCACUAAGGAUUUGGACCCCAGCCCAAGAUGUGCAGAAGACAGCACAUGCUAUGUUUGCACUUAAAGCAGCAAUGAAAUGGGACGAAGAUGUUUUCGGUCUUGAAUAUGAUCUGGAUCUCUUCAAUAUUGUCGCUGUUCCAGAUUUUAACAUGGGAGCUAUGGAGAACAAAAGUCUCAAUAUUUUCAAUUCCAAGCUUGUUUUGGCAUCUCCAGAAACAGCUUCGGAUGCAGAUUAUGCUGCAAUUUUGGGAGUCAUUGGUCAUGAGUACUUCCAUAACUGGACUGGCAAUAGAGUGACUUGCCGUGACUGGUUCCAGCUUAGCUUAAAGGAAGGGUUAACUGUAUUCCGGGAUCAGGAAUUUUCAUCAGACAUGGGUAGCCGUACUGUAAAGAGGAUUGCUGAUGUUUCAAAGCUUCGAAAUUACCAAUUUCCACAGGAUGCUGGUCCCAUGGCUCAUCCUGUACGACCACAUUCUUACAUCAAGAUGGAUAACUUCUACACAGUCACGGUGUAUGAAAAGGGAGCUGAAGUUGUCAGGAUGUACAAAACCUUGCUGGGGAGUCAUGGUUUCAGAAAGGGCAUGGAUCUUUAUUUUAAGAGGCAUGAUGGCCAAGCUGUAACCUGUGAAGAUUUCUUUGCUGCCAUGCGAGAUGCAAAUGAUGCAGAUUUUGCUAAUUUCUUACUAUGGUACUCCCAAGCUGGUACGCCUCGUGUGAAAGUUACGUCAUCUUACAAUGCGGAAGCUCGUACUUUCUCCUUGAAGUUUAGUCAAGAGGUGCCGCCAACUCCAGGCCAACCAAUUAAAGAACCAAUGUUCAUUCCUGUGGCACUAGGUCUGCUUGAUUCAAGCGGCAAGGACAUGCCUCUUUCUUCUGUCUAUCAAGAUGGAACACUAAGGUCUAUCACAAGCAACAAUCAACCCAUAUACACAACGGUUCUUAGUAUAACCAAGAAAGAGGAAGAGUUUGUCUUCUCUGACAUACUUGAGCGGCCAGUUCCUUCUAUAUUGCGGGGUUAUAGUGCUCCUAUUCGUCUUGAAUCUGAUCUCUCCGACAGUGAUCUGUUUUUCCUUCUUGCUCAUGAUUCGGAUGAAUUCAACCGUUGGGAGGCUGGACAGGUCUUGGCAAGGAAGCUGAUGCUGAGCUUAGUGGCCGAUUUCCAACAAAACAAACCAUUGGCUUUAAAUCCAAAGUUUGUAAAUGGGCUUAGAAGCAUACUCGGUGACUCCAGCUUGGAUAAAGAAUUUAUUGCGAAGGCGAUAACUCUGCCUGGUGAAGGAGAGAUAAUGGACUUGAUGGAAGUUGCAGAUCCUGAUGCUGUUCAUGCUGUUCGAUCUUUCAUCAGGAAGCGGCUUGCCUCUGAACUAAAACCAGAGUUGCUAAACACAGUUGAAAAUAAUAGGAGCUCAGAAGAAUACGUCUUUAAUCACCUGAACAUGGCUAGACGUGCUCUAAAAAAUGUUGCCCUUGCAUAUCUUGCAUCACUGGAAGAUGAGGAGUUAACAAACCUUGCUCUACAUGAGUACAGAACAGCCACAAAUAUGACAGAACAAUUUGCAGCUUUGGUAGCCAUAGCCCAGAACCCUGGUAAAACACGUGAUGAAGUCUUGGCUGACUUCUAUAACAAGUGGCAACAUGACUUUUUGGUUGUGAAUAAAUGGUUUGCCCUCCAAGCAAGCUCUGAUAUUCCUGGGAAUGUUGAGAAUGUCCGAGCCCUCUUAAAUCAUCCAGCAUUUGACCUACGCAAUCCAAACAAGGUAUACUCGCUUAUUGGAGGAUUUUGCGGUUCUCCUGUGAAUUUCCAUGCAAAGGAUGGAUCAGGCUACAAUUUCUUGGGGGAGAUAGUGGUGCAACUAGACAAAAUUAAUCCUCAGGUGGCCUCCCGCAUGGUGUCGGCUUUCUCACGAUGGAGACGCUAUGAUGAAACCCGGCAAGCCCUUGCCAAGGCACAGCUGGAGAUGAUAAUGUCUACUAAUGGACUCUCUGAGAAUGUGUUUGAGAUUGCAUCGAAAAGUCUGGCUGCUUAGACUCCGACUCUAUAGGGAAAUAAUAAGUACCGGUUGCCUCUGUUUUCAAUAUAGUUCUAGUUCUGUGCUGUAGAAGCUGCUGCUGGAUUCAGUAGCUCUCAAAACUCAUUUUCAUUAUCAGAUGUGUGAUAUUUAACUGUGAAAUAAAAAUGCCAUUAACAGCAAAAGAAAGGUUUUGUAAACCAGCUUUUUUAGAGAAAUUAUUAAACCAGCAGUUAAGCUACAAGAAAAUGAAUCUACUGAUGGUGAUCAUAA